UCAUCGACUGGUUCAGAUUCCUCCCUCCCUCCAUCCGAUUAACUUUUAGCCUCCCUUUAGCAGCCUUACACAACCUCGCCGUCUCAAAAGUCUCUUUCGCCGGCGAUUCAAUCUAGGGUUUCCUUCAACAGCAAUGUCGAACUCCAAAAGAAAAUCAUCAUCAGGAAAAACUGAGUGCACCGUCUAUGUAGGUAAUUUGGACGAGAGGGUUACCGAUAGGGUUCUGUACGACAUUCUAAUUCAAGCUGGGAGGAUUUUCGAUUUGCAUAUCCCUCGUGACCGGGACACCGGCAAGCCCAAAGGAUUUGCGUUUGCAGAAUAUGAAACUGAAGAGAUUGCAAAUUAUGCUGUGAAGCUAUUUUCUGGCCUUGUCACUCUGUAUAAUAGAACAUUGAAAUUUGGGAUUUCUGGGCAAGACAAGCAGCCCUCACAAACCCCUCAAAGUGAAAGUGCUGUCACACCAUCUUCAAAUUCAUCUCAUCAGUCAAGGCCUGGUACUGUUCCUGUAAAUGGCAAGGAGGCCAGUGAGCACUCAAUGAGGUUAUCAACAAGUAGUGGGGUUUCAGCUUACCCUUCUCAUUAUGGUUCACCUUACCAUGAAGUGCCGCCUCCCCCUGGGGUAACUCACCACUCUAAUGGGUAUGGAUCACAAUACAAUGGUUACAAUUAUGAAAACAGUCGAAGUGUUUUUGGGCCAAGAUUGGAUAGCAUUAGUCGCACUAGGUCAUUUCGCUAUGAAACACGUAACCCAAUAUCUUAUCCUUACUGAUAUUUGGUAGAAUUACACAAUGAAGAAAACUCUCACCUAUUCUCCUGUUAUUGGUGUACCAUUGUAAUCAUUCAGAGAAAUAGGUGUACAGUUGUAGAUAAGCGUAAGGGGUUGCAGUCAAGUAAGUUAUAGUUGUAAUUUAUUCUCUAGUUAUGACCUGCUCUUGUCUUCUGCAUGCUAGUCAUUGACUUGCUAGAGCACUCUUCAUGGUUUGUCAUUUCCUUUUAUGUAUUGUACUUGGUUUUUUUUUUUUUUCUGCCUUUUAGAAUGGAUAAUAUUUACUUGUUUGUCCAUAGGUUGGUUACUUGAAUUGAAAUAACAAACUAAGUGGUUGCUAAGUAAGUAAUUAUGUUCAACAUGUAAGUGCUGCCAUUUUAUUCAUCAUAUAUAGACAUGAAAAGUGGCUUUUGUUUUAGACAUGAAUCUGUUCUUCCAUUCAUAAUGUCUGUAUUGUAUAGUGUUGCUGUUGCUUCUAUUUCUGUUCAGCAUUUUUUUGGG